UAAAUAGAGAUUUUCCCCUCUUUUGCGAAAGUAUUAUUUUUUUUUAUUCUGUUUCUUGGUAAAAUUGCAGUACGUCACAAGUAGAAAACAUACUAUAAUUAUAACAAUUUAAACGGCCAUCAGGAAGUUUCGAACUGGUCAUAACGUACAAGUUAACCAGUUAUAGUUAUCUCGGCUGAAAUCGUUUUUUUUAAUUGACUGUCUCGUCGCUUUAGCAUUUUAAAUGUCGAAUAGACGCCAGAUGAAUGAUUUUCGAGUGGAAGGUUAACUUACAUGAAGAGACGCGAUGUUCAGUUUGACCGGGCAGUAUGUGUGUCUGAACUCACUGACACGGUUUUAAAAGCAACCCGCAAUAUAACCGGCAUAUGUGUGAAGAAAACAUAGAUUUUAACAGCUGUUUGUUAACUUGACGUCGUGAAUUGACAGUGUAGGCUAACGACAACAAAAAAGUGAUUGAGUAUGAAUCUGGAUGCUAGACAUUUUGAGCAGUGACGACUUGAAGUCUUCUUGAGUCGUAGUUUUUCCAGGUUUAGGGCAGGAUGAAGUCUAAAAUAUCUGUCUGGAAAACGAAUUGAGUGUUUUUAAACGAGUCGUUUUAAUCGUGUAUGAGGAAAUAUUUCCUGCUUUUACUUCCAUUCCUUUAGCUCGUUCGUCAAGUGUGGAAAAACUGCCUCAAAUGUUACGCUAGCAACACCAUAGCCUUUCCAAAAAGGGUUUUGCAUGCAAAGUUUAUUCGCCAAAUAAAGUUUAUUUGGCAAAUAAAACGUAUCACUCAGAGCACAGAUUUAGAUUUAGAUCAAGAAAUCCUCCAACACAGCUGUGGUUUCGUUAGCCGGUGUGCUAGCCUUCACCACAGCUCUCAGAAAUGUCGAAUAUCUCCAACGAAGGUGUGAUCUUGAUUAAAGAUGUAAAGGCCGGAUCUAAAAACCUUAAUAUCGUCUUUAUAGUUUUGGAAAUCGGUCGGGUGACGAAGACAAAGGACGGACACGAGGUGCGCUCGUGCAGAGUGGCGGACAAGAGCGGCAGCAUCGCCAUCUCUGUGUGGGAUGAGCUGGGCAGCCUCAUCCAGCCCGGGGACAUCAUCCGCCUUACGAGAGGGUAUGCUUCAAUGUGGAAGGGGUGCCUUACACUGUACACUGGAAGAGGAGGAGACUUACAAAAAAUAGGAGAGUUCUGUAUGGUGUAUUCUGAGAUUCCUAAUUUCAGUGAGCCAAAUCCAGAGCUGCUAGGACAAGCUAACCAGCAUAACAAGAUGGUGAAACAGCGCGGAAAUUCUCCACCGAAUCAAAAUUCAGGUACUCCUGUGCAGACAGGAAAUGGUACUGGGCCAGUAUUUUCCAAUAACAGUGCUGCACCUGUGCCUCGGGAUCCCAACUUUGGUGCUCCAGGAAGACCAAACGGGCGUGUUCCAGGCAAUGGACCACCCCCAGUAACUGCAGGGGGAUCCCCUGCUCCCCCCAAACCCACAGUCACCAUUAGCAAUGGCAGGGACCCAAGAAGGGCUUCAAAGAGAUGAGACCGCAAAACCACUUCCAUGUUCCCAC